AUGAUUGAUUCUGUUUCCAUUUCUGCUAUAAAUAACCCUAUUCCCAAGUACCUUUUUCCACCUCAACCCAAAAGCAUUCAACAGAAACAAAAGCAGCAAGAAGUUGCAAAAGAAAGACACAUGAUGAAGCCAAGUUCAGGAGCCCCGAUCAUCCUCUUCCAGGCUCUGGUAGCCCUGUCCCUGGCUGGGCUCUCUGUUUCCAAGGAUUUCGAUUUCUUCUACUUUGUUCAGCAGUGGCCAGGAUCAUACUGUGACACAAAACAGAGCUGCUGCUACCCAACCACAGGGAAACCCGCUGCUGAUUUUGGGGUUCAUGGUCUUUGGCCCAAUUACAAUGAUGGCACUUACCCUUCCAAUUGUGACUCCAGUGCCCCAUUUGACCAGAGCAAGGUUUCAAAUCUAAUCACCACAAUGCAAAAGGAGUGGCCAACUCUGGCUUGCCCGAGUGGCAAUGGAGUGACAUUCUGGUCUCACGAGUGGGACAAGCACGGCACAUGCUCUGAAGAAGUGCUCGACCAACAUAGUUACUUCGCGAGAGCCCUCGGAUUCAAGGCACAGACCAACAUCCUCCAAGCUCUAAAAACUGCAGGAAUUCGGCCCGACGGGGGAUCGUACAGCUUGAGCAGCAUCAAGAGCGCGAUCCAGAGCGGUGUGGGAUACACUCCUUUCGUAGAGUGCAACACUGAUGAAUCUGGGAACAGUCAAUUGUACCAAGUGUACUUGUGUGUUGAUAACUCUGGUUCCAACCUUGUUGAGUGCCCUGUUUUCCCACACGGCAAAUGUGGCUCACAGAUAGAGUUUCCCUCAUUCUAGGGAGCUUUUUUUAUAAAGUAGUUUUCAUUUUCAUGAAUCACCAAUUGUCAAAUGUUAAGUUGUUCUCUGGCUGGCUACAAUAAGGAGUAUUUGAGCAUGUAAAAGAGAAGAAUUUGUGUACACCUUGUAUGUUUGAUUAUUGUAACGUCCUCUUUAGUUGAAAGGAAAGCAUAUAAAUCCAGGCCAUUGGUCUAAUUGUUUUCCCGCACCUUGAUUGGCCAA